AUGAAACCGUUCAAAUAUGUCACUCAUUCCAAGUUUCUUCGGUGGUCGAAGGAGCAUCGUUCUUCAAGGGUUUUUCUUUUCCCAACUCUUUCUGCUUCCUUCCCCGAAUUUUCCCGGGAGAAUUCUGCAUUUGUGAGCACCCGCGUGGAUUGGAAGGCUGAUCUUCCGGGGCUGACGAAAGAGGAAGUGAAAGUGGAGAUUGAAGAUGAUACGGUUCUUCAAAUAAGCGGAGAGAGGAACAUGGAGAAGGAGGAUAAGAAGGAUAAAUGA